GAGGCGCGCGUCAUGGACUUCGUUUCAAGCCACACGUCUGUUCCUAUACCUGCCAUACGCGACGCCUGGUCCGAUGCGACUGGCACGUAUUAUAUUCUCAUGCAGCGGGUCCAUGGCCGGGUUCUUGAGGAUGUCCUUCCCAGCUUGACGGAUUCCCAGCGAAAUAUGCUAGCUCGUGAGCUCGGGAAGUAUCUGCAGGAAAUCCGUUCCCUCCCCAGUCCACAUUCCGGGGCAGUGUGCUCGCUGCUCGGAGGCGCCUUUCGCGACGACCGCCUAGACGUUGAGGAUAUCGGGCCGUUCGCGGACAUCAGAGAGUAUCACGAUUGGCGCAUCUCCAUGGUGCGUGAGCUAGGAGUCUCCGCUGCUCACCAGCCUACAAUCGAUCGUGUGGACAACAUUCGGACGCGACUCCGCGACGACUUUCGUAUCGUUUUCACCCACUCCGACCUCCAUCCCGAGAAUGUGCUGGUUGAUAUCAGCAACGAUGGAGAGGCUCAUGUCGCCGCUAUCAUCGAUUGGGAGAUGGCGGGAUGGCGACCCGAGUAUUGGGAGUACGUCAAAUGCCUUAAUUGCAUGGGCCAAAAUGCUGGUUGGGUGAAAUUUGUGCAAGAAGUGCUUCAGCCAUAUGAAGAGGAGAAGACGUUGGAUGAUGAAUUACAGCGAAUGGCGGGAGAGCCGUAUUGAUGCGGACACUAUCAAGCUCUAAGGUCUCGAGUCCCGUACCUCUAACUUAGAUGCGGAUCCCAUUUGUUUUGUCCGGCUUUCCAUCUAUCUCCUAGCCAUAUGCUCGCUGGCCCUGUAGUGUCGCUAUCUCUUCACAAAUGCGAACUUUCGUCACCCACUGUACUUCCCACUCACACUUUAUAUCUUGCACGUCGCGACAAAGUUGUUGCCUUGUCUUGCCUCCUAACACUGCUUCCUUGAAGUGGGGACAUCUCAUAUGCCGUUGCCUGCGACACACGUCC